AUGGAUGUAAUUAGCGUAGUAAACAACGACUCGAGUAGCCAUUUUGAAUCAGAUGGUGUAACACGAACGCCCUCUAAGGAGGCGAAACUGAACGACGCUUUAAGUACCACCUUGGAGGAUAGAAGCGCUGAAGGCGACCGGAUCCGGCGAAAACGUAAAACUCGCCGAUUCAAGAGCAGAUAUAAGAAUAAAUCUUCGAAGAAUCCGAAAUACUCGAAGAAAAUGCGUAGCAGAACGUCGUAUCCGCAGUCGGAAGCACCCAACAAUACGAACGAGUUCUUAAUGGCUGAUCACGACAAUAUCGAAAAUCUAGACGAGAAGAUCGUCGUACCGGAGUUCGCUCGAGACGGUAGUCGUGCCAGGGAGUCUAGUUUUACCAGCGUCGACACAGACGAAUAUUAUUCAUCGCCAGAUAACGACGAAGACGACGAGUACUUCACGAAAGAUUUCGAUAACACGUACCAGUCGGUCUGCGCCGAGAAGCUGGUCGGUAUGUCGAAACCUCAGCUAGCCAAGAUGAUACUAGACUUGGAGAACAAAGUAGACGAGCUGAAUAAGAAGAAGAGUGGUUCUAAUCAAAUGUCCGAUAUACUCAAACAGGUGAACGGGUUCGAUAACAAAGAGCUGAGCAACGAAAUCAAAGAAAUCGUACGUGAAAACGAAAGAUUACGGAAUGAGAACGAAGCUUUGCAGAGAUUCAUCAAAGAGAACGCAGUCACUUGGUCGUCUUCGUCGUCGUCAUCGUCCAACGACUCGGAUUCCGAUAGUCCGAUGAGCGAAGCUGAAAAUAACUCGACGACAGCGGAUAACCAAAGAAUAUCCACCAAUGUUGCGAACACCACCACCUCGACGACGACAACUACAGAAGCUGACGAUGAUCCGGCUUAA